AUGAUUCUCCUACCCGCAUCACUCCUAUCCCUCGCGCUACACGCCUCGCGCUCCUCCGCCACCGUUGGGCGCGCGCCCACCGCCGUCCGCCAGGUCGCGCCCGACGCCGGCGAGAAGAUCCUGCGCGAGCACCUCGCCUUUGCGCCGUGGACGUUCCUCGACGCGCGGAACUUCCCCGACUCCCACGAUGACAGCUCCCUACCCCGACCGUACCGCCCAGCCCUCGCCGGCCACGAUCCCCUGCUGCGGCCCCGGUCCGCGGCCUGCCCGAGCGGCAUGAGCGGGUGCGACGCCAUCGGGCAGCCCAACAAGUGCUGCCAGGACGGCACCACGUGCACGCGCGUCGACGACGCCUCCGUCGGGGGCAUCGCGUGCUGCCCGCGCGGCGCCUCCUGCGGCGGCCAAGUCGGCGCCUGUCCCGCCGACGCCGUCAGCUGCCCGGCCGAGCUCGGCGGCGGGGGCUGCAUCGCGGGAUACGUCUGGGAUACCACGGUGGUCACCGCCACCAGCACCCCGAGCACCACCACCGUCACCAGCACGCGCACCACCUGGGUCGACGGCGCGCCGUCCACCGUCGUCGUCACCGAGAUCGUGACGCUCACCUCGUCGCGGCCCCCUGCGACCAGCACCACCACCGUGACCGUCACGGAGAGCAGCAGCAGCAGCGGCACGGUCACCGGCAGCAGCACGGUUACCGGCGGCGCCCCGUGGCGUCCGACCGGCACCGGCAGCAGCAGCAGCAGCAGCACGGAGGACGGCACGUCCACGCAAGAGGGUUGCCCGACGGGCUUCUACGGGUGCCUGGCCACGCACGGCGGCGGCUGCUGCCAGACGGACCGCGACUGCAAGACCACCUCGUGCCCGCCGCAGGCCUCGACGACCAUCGUAUCCGACGGCAAGACCGUCAUCGUACCCGCGUCGGACGUGCCUGCGGAGGCCACGUCGACGUGCGCCGCCGGCUGGUUCCUGUGCGCCAGCGACGCGGGCGACCGGCCGGGCUGCUGCCCCAGCGGUUACGACUGUGGCACGGCGAGCUGCUUCAGCACCUCGGCGUCACAGACGGGCUCGGUGCAAAAGCAGCAGCCCAAGAAGGAUGGGGCUGGAGCAAACGCCGUCAGCCUGCUUGCGUGCUGUGUAGUGAUGGGCGAGCGUUACGAUGUACCAAGACAAUAG